UGUAAAGAGUCCUUCGAGAUAAACGAUACUCUUGCUAGAGAUUUGAGAUAACUCGUGCAACAAAUAGAAAACGAUGUUUUAUCAAUUUUUUAGGCAAAGAGAGAAAAGAUAGCAAGUACAGUUACCCUGCUUUUGGUGCUCCACUGCUCAUUUCUCAGACAGACUGAAACCAUUAAACCAUACAAGCACGGACUUUCUUUUGCAGAUAGCAAAUAGCUAUAGUCUUGUUCUUAGAUUUCUCAGCAGAGAAGCUUGCCUAGAACCACUUUCUGCUAGAUCUUACCAAGCUUAAUCAAAUAAGAGCUAUGAAGAUGGGGUCAUAUUCCAAUAAAAACAUGAUGCCUGAAACUGACAUUGGAUCAUCUGUUUCACCUUUUCAUUGGUUUUAUAAUUACAACCCCACAUCCAAGCCUGGCUUAAGUUCUCUGCAACAAACUCAAAUACACCAUGAACCUGGACUUAUUGUUGCUCCCAUUCGUUCCAUUGCUGCCACAACCGAGUCAGGAAACAACAAUGAUUUGGGAGGUAAAACCACGAAGGUGGGGAAACAAAAGCCUUCUAUGAAGGGUUCUAAUCAAAUUGCAUCCAAGGUUCUGAGGCCAAAGCAGCCCAAGAAGAAACCCUCGGUUCCUAAGAAGGUGAAGGGACCAAGCAUUCCAGUAGCCAAACGUGAGAAAAAGAAUCUCAACAUUGAUCUUGAUGGAACAAACUUUGAUUUCUCUGGGGUGCCUUCCCCCCUUUGCUCUUGUACAGGUGUUGUGAGAGUGUGCUACAAGUGGGGUGCCAGUGGUUGGCAAUCCUCGUGUUGUACUAUUAAUAUAUCAGAAUAUCCUCUCCCCAUGAGUCCCACAAGACCCGGUGCCCGCAUGGCUGGAAGAAAAAUGAGCAAUGGUGCAUAUUUGAAACUUCUUCUGAGACUUGCAGCUGAAGGUCAUGAUCUUUCUCAUCCUGUUGACUUGAGGGACCACUGGGCUAGGCAUGGUACAAACAAGUUUGUUACAAUCAAAUAGAGAUGCAGUUGGCUGGCAGUUCGGCAUAAUGUGUAGUAGUUUCGAAUAUAUAUUACUCCUCUGCAUUCUAGGUUGAAUGUAGUUUACUGCUAUUUCGUAGAGGUCUGGUCUGACAAGUCGGAUUGUAAAUAUAGUUUUUCUGACUUUCUUUGGCUAAAACUUGAAGGGAAUGCCAUUUUGCAUUUGGAAGCCAGAUGCUGUAAAAAUAACUUUCAUGUUAUUUGCUCGGAUAUUAUUUUCUUCUCUUCACUACCUUCUUUGCCAUUUAGGGAGCUUUCGGUUUGUACAUCUGACAUCAACUUGUAGAAGAUUUACUAUACUAUAACUUCUAUCAGGUUUUGACCAGAAUCAAUUCGUAAAACGAUAAAAUCAAUAACGUGGUAUAGGGUUUUCUGUUCCAGCCAUAAUCCUCACAAAAGCAUGCCUUGGAUAGUUUCCAUAUUUCCAUAUGCUCUUGAAGAUCUCCCAUCCGGAAUGUGCCAAGGGAC